AUGGGGAGGAGGAUGGGUUUUCCGUAUCUGUUCCGGAGGGCGGCGCCGCCGCCGUCGUCGUAUCCCCCGUCCUCGUGGGCGUGGCCCUCCUGCAAGCACCCGCGGACAAGAUCCUUCCGAGGGAGCGGAGCCGCCGCCGCGGGCGAAGGUAUCGGCGGCAGCGGAGAAGGGCGAGACGAGGUGUACAAGACGGUGAACUCGGUGUAUCUGGACACGACGGAGUCGUGGUUCACCAACUCGUCGGAGGAGCUCGCGUCGGAGAGCUUCUCCACGGCGUCGGAGGCGGACUCCGGCGGCGGCGGCGGCGAGCCGGAGGCGGAGGCGGUCAUCAGGGCGGUGCAGUCGGAGCGUGGCGGCGGCCGGCUCUUCUUCGAGCCCGGCGGUACGAGCUCCAUCCUCGAAGAGUCAAAGUCCGGGGGCUUCCCGUUCAAGGACGGCGUGGUCCUGGCCAUGGAGUCUAAGGAUCCCUACUCGGACUUUCGAUUGUCCAUGGAGGAGAUGGUGACGAUCUACGGCGUGAGGGACUGGCAGUGCCUCGAGGAGCUCCUCGAAUGGUACCUACGAGUCAACGGGAAGACCAACCACAGAUUCAUCGUCGGCGCCUUCGUCGACCUUCUGUUAGACCUUUUUGCCCCCCCGUCUUCUUCCUCAUCCUCUCGAUCUCUUCCCUUCGAGGCCGACGACAAGGAUCAGGAGAAUGGCUCUUGA